AUGGCCUGCGGCUCCUCCCACUCUACGCUCGUCAACCGCAACGGCCCCGGCAGUGCGGCCUCGUCCACAAUCGAGAGCUUCGUUAAGCCGGCCGCGGCGACGGGCGGCAAAACCAAGUGCAUCGAGUGCGACGGCUACGAAUGCUGCUGCAUUCCGAUUCCAUGUACCGUCAUGUAA